UUUUACUACUGGUGGAGAGAUCGUGUGACUAUCACAAAUACUGCAUCAUUAAGAAAUGAAGUUCUUGGAGUCACCCGAUUUUCAGGGCUGUUUCCGCCCUCCUCGUGGUACGUUAGAACUGUGAAUCAAUUCAUUCCUUCUAGUUGGGAAACUGGGCAAUACAACAUCACUGUAUUCACGGAUUAUGAAGAUGACGUUUUUGAAUUCAUCUUUAACCAUAAUAACGAGAAAACUGUCCAGGUGAAUGUCACUCGCAGGCUACCCGACCUGACCGUUACGCAUGUCAACGCUUCUGUAACCGCUGACGACGUCCAAGCCUACUUGAAUGUCUCUUUUACGGUUGAAAACGUUGGAAAGGGAGUAACAACCGAGGCACCGUGGUUCGACUCACUCUACAUCUCGCCGCAUGCUCAUUUUUCGCAAAGCAAUACAAUAUGGCUGGGAGAUUUCCCUCACAGAGUCAACCUGGGAUCAGGUAAACAAUACAGCAUCGAUACAGGACCCAUACGCAUAAACAGGGAUCUUUUUGGUCAGCGGUUUAUAUUCGUUAAAACUAAUACGUAUGGUUCAGUCACAGAAAAUGACCUAAAGAGCAACAUCAGAUCCUCUGGUAAUGUGACAUUUCCACAAGUUCUGCCUAAUCUCGUUGUGGCAAACUUUACUUUGUUGUCCCGUAAGGUAGCCCUGUUGAGUGAUUCUGAAGUUUCGUUGAAAUGGACUGUUGAAAACAAUGGAACAGGAAGCACACUGAAGAAAUCCUGGCAAGACGCGGUUUACCUGUCAAAAUCUCAAACCGUACAAAAUAACUCAACAAAACUCGCUGACGCCUUCUUCAGACAAGCUAUAAGUCCUGGUCAAAGUUACACCAAGGUUUCAUUUACGAAGUUACCAUCUGAUAUAUCUGGAACUUAUUAUUUUGUUUUGAAAGUCAACGAAGACGGCUCGAUAGUUGAAAAAGGUUCGCAGAUGAACAACUUAGCUUGGAUUCGUGCAGAAAUUUUACCUAAACCACUGCCAGACUUAGCCGUUGUAGACAUUUCUUUUGUUUUUGAAGAAAAGCGUCGUUUCCUGACGGUGUAUUGGUCAGUGGCAAACUUUGGAAGCUCGAUGCGCGAGCCUUUGACUUGGGUGGACAGCGUUACAAUCUCCUCCUCAAAAGGCGUCAUCGAUGGCAAAGAUGCUCAUGUUAUGGCGUCUGAAACCGUUACUGCUAAACUAGAUGAACAGCAAGAGUACCAGCUUUCCGCUGCUCUACAGAUUAGCGACAAUAUAAUAGGAAAGUUUUACCUACAUGUGGUCACAAACUCCAACAAGACCCUCUCUGAAGUCUCUGGAACCUCAAAUCCAUCACGAUUGUGUUCGCACAUUGCAAAAUUUGAAAUCACUCGGGUAUUCCCUAACCAAGUGGCCCCAAUGGGAAACGCCACGUUGCGCUUAGAAGGAGCUUUGUUUGGACAAAAUCUGGAAGCUUUUCUCGUAAAUCCAUCUGCUGAAGAUAACUUUGUCGAAGCAGUUAAGGUGUAUCGAAUGAGCUCCAUUGAAGUAUAUGCGACCUUCAUCACAGGAAACCUAACCAUUGGUACCACAUUCCACGUGAAACUUGUCAACAUUGAGUCAAAAGAAGAAGCCACAUUGCCUGGUUCUUUGGUCAUAACAAGUGGCGAAGCUGGACGAUUAGAAACGUAUGUAGAUUUUCCAGAAGCUCUGGUGGUAGAUUCACCAGGCGUGAUAACGGUCACUUAUGAAAAUGUUGGAGACACUGACAUUGUUAGCCCGGUGUUGGCUGUUCGUGUUAUCGGUGGCCAAGCUCAACUCCGCCCUGUUCAAAAAGCGUUAUCAUCCGGCCAGUUCUCUUCCACUGUGGUGUUUUUAGCCCAACCCUUUCAAGGUCCAGGCGGUAUUUUGCCUCCAAAGGCUCAUGGGGAAAUGGUAUUUGAUUUCGAGUCUCGUGCAGGCGGUGUGACACAAAGCACAUUCAGUCUUCAAAUGUUGGAUGAAAACGACAAGCCUCAUCCUUAUCUGAACAGCAGUGAAGAUCUGAAGCCAGAUUUUCUAAGCAGCGAACUGUGGGCUCCAGUUUGGGAAAAUUUUCUAAUUUCCGUUGGGAAGACAGCCGCGUCAUUCCAACACAGGAUGUCAGCAGUCAGUACCUUACUCAGCAACUCCGGAAGAAGAGUCAACUUGGUGAAUGAUCUUAUUCAGUUCCAACUUGAUAUUGCAAACGGAAAACUGACAGGCGAUCCGUUGUUAACCGAAGAUGACAUAACGGGUCAGACCGCUGUAGAUUUGGCUCUUCCUUUGUUGCUACAAAGAAUCUACAGUCCGCUGAUAUCAAAACGAAGACAAAAGGGCGCUUUUGGUGCUGGUUGGAUUGCCCCUUGGUGGGAGACUGCGAUCACACAAAUUACACCUGAAACUAUUAAAAUUGUGCAAUUACGCGAAGAGCUGGUGUUUAAAGUUGUCACAGCUGAGCUGUACAGGUCGUUUGAUGGAAAGGAGAUCACUAUCACCAACACAGACGUUCGCUUCACCGACUCCAGCACCUCAACUGUGUUCAUCUUUGAUUCUGUCAUGAAUCACCUGAAGGAGAUUCAGAGAGGUAAUGAGACGAUCACCGUCGAAUAUUCACAAAACAGAUCCUCGACUUUCACUCAUUCGUCCGGAGGAAAAAUCUCUGUGAAAUACAACGACAAAGGAUUUGUACGAGAGGCUCAAUAUGAAGAUGGAUCGAAUAAAAAACAGAGAUGUUUCUACACAUACAGUUGGGAUACCGGGUCUCUUUUGUCGGUCACAGUUGGUGAACAAAUCACUCGUUACACGUACAACGUCCACGGCGAUCUUACAGGUAUUGUUUACCCUACUUCAUCCACUGUCAAGUACUCGUGGAACCAGUAUGGACUCCUGAGUAACAUAACAGGUUUUAGCAAGAAAAACAAGCUAAUCUAUGGAACACAUUUCUCGUACGACUGGAAUGGAAAGGUGAUCGUGACCAGACUUCCACAAGGAGACUCGGCUGAGCUUUUGUUUAACGAGAAAGCAAAGAUGAUGGACAUUCAGGGCGCUGGUGUUGGCGAUGUACGUUUUGAAAGUGUCAGAAAUGAUGACGAGGUUGUUAAAACUAUGAAGCAAGGAGACCAGAUUGUGUUGACAAGGAAGUACAACGUGAAGACAAAUAUAAUGACAGUUAUUGACGCAAACGGCCAUGAUACAGAAUUCCUCCUGCGGCAAAACGGGGACGUCUUGAACACGACAGAUCCAGGAGGUCUCGUUUAUCAGAAUAUUUACGAUAAAAAGGACAACUUGAUCAAAUUCAUAUACCCGGAUGGUAAAACCGAACUAUCAGACUAUGACGAUAGAGGGAGACUGGUGAAGUUUGCUGGUAGAGCUGGAAAGGAAGUCAAGUUUGAAUACGAUGAAAAUAACCAACUUGUUAACAAAGAUGUCGACGAUCUUAGCUCUUCGUACUUCUUACAUGAUAGCGAUGGUAAUAUUGUCCAAGCGAUUAAUGGUAUCGGUACAGUUAAAAUUGCCUAUGACGGUGAAAACAGACCAAUCAGUGUUACUUAUCCAAACCGUAAGAGUAUCAUUUAUGAAUACAAUGAAUUCCAACGUCGCGUGGGGCUAAAAGUCUCCGACUUAAACCUGGUUUACGAGUAUGACCAGUUAAACCGGCUAUCCGAAGUAGUGCGCGUAGACUCGGGUACGGCCGACGUUUUGCUGAAAUUGGAAUACAACUCACAAGGGAUGUUAUCCAAACGUGUCCUUGGAAACGGAGCUUCUUCAGAGUACGUUAUGGAUCCAGUUAACUCCAAACUGUCGCGUGUAAUAAAUUACUUUCCAAAUGGCAGCAUUUCCUCAUACUUUGAGUACAAUUAUGACAAGCAAGGACGAAUCAUUCAGGAAAACACAACAUCAGGAAUCUGGCAUUACAAAUACGAUGCAGCAUCGCAGCUCAUCGAGGCAAAAUAUCCACACGGUAAAACCGUUCGUUACACCUACGAUAAACGAAAAAAUCGAGUGCAGGUUUCAGAAGAGCCCGGUAACAAGACUUUAUAUUUUGUCAAUGAAGUUAACCAAUAUACUUCAGCGGGAAAUUAUGAAAUCAAGUAUGACGAGGAUGGAAAUAUGGUGGAAAAGACAAACAGAGAUCUACGGAAUGACAGCGUCAAAUUCAAGUUUAGCACUGAAAAUAUUUUGCUACAAGCUGAAACCCCAAACAGAAGGUGUAAUUAUGUGUACGACGGCUUUGGAAACUUGUACAAGAAAACGUGCGGUCAAAAUGAGGUGCAAUACAUAAUUGAUCCUUUUGGGAAUCCAGGAGCUGAUAUUGUUGGCCAGAUAAUCAUCUGGGUUCAGUCCUGGGAUCCGAAUGACAUGAUUGGUCCUCCCGGAUAUGGAGACGCUCGCUUUAUUUCAUUAAAGACUCCUCUGAACUACAAGAUCAGGUUUGAGAAUGAUGCAAAUGCUACCGCGCCUGCGCAGAACGUGAUUAUCCUGCACACUUUGGAUCAAGACUUGGACAUUCGCACAUUUAGAAUUACAGGGUUUGGGUUUGGCAACUUUACUAAAAGGCUAAGCAAGUCGGUAGCCUCCAUUCAGGAAACAAUCAAUUUUGUAUCAGAGAAAAACCUUUAUGUAAGAGUAGUGGCUGGCAUAAAUGUACUUACCCGUGAGGCACACUGGGAGUUUCAAAGCCUUGAUCCUCUCACAGGUGAGACUCCGGAUGAUCCUCUAACUGGUUUCCUUCCACCAAACAAUGGUACCACUGGACAAGGAUAUGUGAGUUUUACGGUUCGCUUAAAGAAGAACGCGCAAUCUUUAGCAAGGAUUGAUGCAAAGGCAAGCAUCUAUUUCGACAAGAACGAACCGAUUGACACCCCUCCGAUAUUUAACACGAUUGACAGUUCCAUGCCCUCAUCUAAUAUAUCUGUGAUAAAUGAAGCCAUGGAGGUUGGAAAGUUGGCCCUGGAAAUUGAUACGUCGUGUGAACGGCUAAACAACUGCUCCGGCCGCGGAAACUGUACUGUUUUGAAUUUCUGUGUUUGUGAAAGUGGAUCUUAUGGCCUUAACUGCUCGCGUGAUUUUCCUCUACGAUUUGAGCCCCCGAUAAUCAAUGCUAUGUACAGUGACACAAUUGAGGACGUGCCCGCCCAGUUAUAUCUCUCCGCUUUUGUUCCGGAUUUUGGCAUUAGCAGCUACACUAAAAAUUUCACCCUGAAACUCAUAAUCCAUGAAAUUUCCGACGGAAUGGCUUUUAGUAAAGGAAACAGGAGCGGCGAUCGUAUUGUGUUAGAGCCUGCAGAUUUUGGCGAUAUAUGGAUGAUACCCCAGAAAGAUUUCUCAGGACUCGCGAGGUUUAACAUUACGGCAAUAGUCUCCACCCCAAUAGAAACUAAAGCGGUCUCUAGACAUAUUAAAAUAAACAUCACAGCCGUUGCAGAUGUUCCAUUUCUUAAUGUCAGUGUGCCGUGUCACCAUUGGAACAGCAGUGAAAAGCUUAUUCCAGUGUUCCUAGAAGCCCAUCUGAAUGACCAAGAUGGAUCAGAAAAUCUAGCAAUCGUCUUUUCGGGUUUACCGACGGGCUAUCGAUUGGUUCACGUGAAUGGCACGAGCUUGGUGAACAGAAGUAAUACAAGAGCCCCUCCAAACGCGUCCCGUUUGUUUAUUUCAAUAAACGAGACUUUAAAACCAUUCGUGCUAAGAGUAAUUGCCACGGCAGAGGAAAGAUUCAAUGGAGACCAAGCAAACCAAACUGCUGAUGUUAAUGUUACAUUCUGUGUGACUUGUGAGGCAGUGAACAACUGUUCCAAGCAUGGAAGUUGUAUAGAAGUAAAUACCUGUGAUUGUGAUAGUGGAUUCAAAGGAUCUCUUGAUUGCUCAACGGUUUCCUGUGAAGAAGUAAAUAGUUGCUCCGGAAGAGGAAACUGUACUGGCCCUAAUGUUUGUACCUGUGAAGAUGGAUACAAAAGUGUCGGGUGCUCACAAGCAACCUGUGAACUUCGAGAUCACUGUUCUUAUCGGGGUAACUGUAUCGGACCUAAUGUUUGUUCAUGCUACGUCGGUUCCCAAGGAUUGAACUGCUCUGGAGUGAACUGUAAAUUAGUGAACAACUGUUCAAAUCAUGGCACCUGCACUGGACCCAACCAAUGCACCUGUGAAGAGACCCGCCAGUCACCUGAUUGUUCAGUAGGUGAGAAAAUAGAUCCGAGAAAAAUAAGUAUGCCCUGCUUCGCGUUGACUCCAGGAAACAUCUACCAGAAUUUAUUGUCAUCAUUACCAUCACUGUUUUCGUUAUUUUCAUUGUCUUUUUGUCAAUGGAGUGAUGGUUAAAAAUAUUGUUAUCUUUAAA